UAAAAAGUCACUUUGAUUUGCAAAUUUGGUUAGGCAUAUCAAAAUUUUAAAAUGAAGUAAAAAUAAUUUAGCAAUUAGAUCAAAAGUUUAUAUGGCUUUGAAAAAUUACACGUUAUGGCUAGAUACACAGCUAGAGAUAAUAAUAGCGAAAACGGGGUAGAAGGAGAAGACGUCUUAAUUAACAGAUAUAAUUUAUGUGACGAGGAACAUAGUCCAUCUUUUGAUUACAAAGAAGUUUUAGUUUUUAUCUCAGACUGGAUUUGGUUUGUGAGUGUUAUCUCUUCGUUACUUUACAGUACUAUUGGAAUUGUACUGGCUUAUGUAGUAUUAAAAGACGCAUCGAAUCAUGGACACCCUGUACAUGCUUUUGCAGGAAAUUUUAUGAUGAAUUUGAUUGGCAUGAAGUAUGGUGACAUAAUCAAUAAUUUAACAAUAUUUUACGUGAAUCUGAUAGCAGCAUUUAUGAACACCUUGUAUGUGUUAACGUUUCACAAAUAUGCUCAGGAUCAGUGGACGGAAAUUUAUAUGCCAAUGGGAUACGCGAUUGCAGUAAUUUUUAUUUCCUUUGUCUAUGCUCACACAGAAGAUCCCGGAAAAAUAAAAAGUAGAUUCGGUUUGUUAAUGGUCACCCUGUAUAUCAUGUAUAUGAGUAUGCCACUAUUGCAGCUGCCUGAAGCUAUUUUCACCAAAGAUGUGACAUUUAUAUCGUACCCCAUGAAUCUAAUGGGAUUUCUGAUGUCUUUCUUUUGGCUACUUUAUGCAGUAGUAUUGGAAAACCAGUAUUUAACGGCGGCAAAUUUAGUUGGAUUAUUAAUUACUGGGGUGCAGUUAUUGGUAUGUGUUUCGCUGGGCAUUGCUGACACAAAAUUGCGAACAUAGUAAUUAACAACAAACAAUUAACCGUUAAAUUAGAAAUAUAUGCGAUAGAAACGAAUAUAAAUGUAAUAGUUGAUUUAUAUUUAUCGUUUAUCUACAUAAAUAUAUAAAAAUUAAUGAUUA